CAGAUAUAGAGAAACUACUCCACUCCGCGCGAGACGCCGCACAAAGCGCGCAUUGUGGUUCACGUUGCGUCAACUGAACCGAGGCUCGCUUCAACCGAACCAAAAAGAAACCCGGUGCGACCAUGGCGAAGCAUUUCCACCUGAACACCCCGCUGCUGGAGAGCGCCAGCAUGUCCAAGCGCGUGGGAACCCCCGUGUACCUGAAGAUGGAGAAUGCACAGCCCUCCGGCUCCUUCAAGAUCCGGGGCAUCGGACUCCUCUGCCAGCAGCUCACCAGCCAAUCCAAAGGAGUUGUCUGCUCUUCAGGUGGUAAUGCAGGUAUGGCCGCAGCCUACGUAGCAAGAAAAAUGGGUGUCCCAGCCACCAUCGUAGUUCCCUCCUCAUCUUCUCAGCUGGUCGUUCAGAGACUCCAGGAUCAGGGGGCCACUGUCAAGAUUGCAGGCAAGGUUUGGGAUGACGCCAAUGCAGAGGCUCUCCGACUGCAGGAGACUGAAGGACUCACCUACGUUCCUCCAUUCGAUCACCCGCUGCUCUGGCAGGGCCACGCCAGUAUGAUCGCGGAGGUCGCGGCCUCCCUGGGUCCCGGCGCCAAGCCCGGAGCGGUGCUGGUGUCUGUGGGCGGAGGAGGGCUCCUCUGCGGCGUCGCUCAGGGCCUAAAGGACGCCGGCUGGACGGAUGUACCCAUCGUCGCCAUGGAGACGGCGGGGGCCGACAGUUUUAACGCCGCGGUCAAGGCGGGGAGUCUGGUCACACUGGAUGACAUCACCAGUGAGGCCAAAUGUCUCGGAGCAAAGACGGUUUGCAGGAGAGCUUUUGAAUACGGCCAAUGUGGAGAGCUCACCGUCAUUUCUGAACUCGUGACUGACCAGCAGGCCCUGAGCGCUGUGGAAACAUUCCUAGAUGAGGAGCGUGUGUUGGUGGAGAUGGCGUGCGGAGCGGCGCUGGCAGCCGUCUACAGCGGACUCAUACGCAGAUUACAGGAUGAAGGUCGGCUGCCGGCUCUCUUGGGCCCCCUGCUGGUGAUCGUGUGCGGUGGCAGCUGCAUCGACAUGGAGCAGCUAACACACCUCAAACACAAACUGCAGGCUUAAGUGUGUGUGUGUGUGUGUGUGUGUGUGUGUGUGUGUGCGUGUUGAGAUACAAAGAUGGAUGAUUGGAAAGAUCAAUUACAGAAAAAUAACUAUUAUCUAAUUUAGAAGCACAUUUUGUAUUUGCAAUGUUGGAAAUGUGUGCUUUUUCUGAUGUUGUGGUCAUAAAAUGCAAUAACAUUUCAAGAAAAAAAACUAAUUUCUUAAGUGAUACAUAAUUAAGUUAUUCCAUGUCGACAAUGUGUUUUUAACUGCGCUUAGCUCAAUAAACUGUCAGAAUUCAAUGA